UACACCGGCAGCUAGACAAAGCUCGCGAGUACAGAACGGUAGUACGUACGUGCAUCAUUUGUGUUGUUGUUGGUCGCGGUAAGAUGGCGGCGCUCGGGGAUGGAUCAGCUCCGGCGGUGAAUGGGUUAAUACAACAGUUCACAGCGAUUACAGGUGCCACAGAGAGUGUGGGGAAGCAUAUGCUAGAAGCAUGCAACAACAAUCUAGAAAUGGCAGUGACCAUGUUCCUGGAUGGAGGGGGGAUUGCAGAGGAGCCCAGCACCAGCUCCAGUUCAGCAGGGUCCUCCAGCAGCAGAGCUCCCCCCGCAGAUGACCAAGUGCGGGCACCCAUCCCUCAGAAGCAGGACAUACUGGUAGAGCCAGAGCCUAUGUUUGGAGCACCAAAGCGACGAAGACCUGCCCGGUCCAUAUUUGACGGUUUUAGGGACUUCCAAACAGAAACAAUCCGCCAGGAGCAGGAGCUGAGGAACGGCAGCGCGGUGGACAAGAAGCUCAGCACCCUGGCGGACCUGUUCCGGCCCCCCGUUGAGCUCAUGCACAAAGGCAGCUUUGAGACGGCAAAGGACUGUGGUCAGCUGGAGAACAAGUGGCUGAUGAUCAACAUCCAGAAUGUGCAGGACUUUGCCUGCCAGUGUCUCAACAGAGACGUGUGGAGCAAUGACGCGGUCCGGACCAUCAUCAGGGAGCACUUCAUAUUCUGGCAGGUGUACCAUGACAGUGAAGAGGGCCAGAGGUAUAUCCAGUUCUACAAGCUCAAUAAGUUUCCCUAUAUCUCCAUUUUGGAUCCCCGCACAGGUCAGAAGAUGGUGGAGUGGCACCAGUUGGACGUUGCGUCGUUUCUGGAACAGGUGACGGGCUUCUUGACGGAACACGGCCAGCUAGACGGCCCGGCGUCCAGCCACCCCCCCCCGGCCAAACGGGCCCGCUCCGAAAGUCUGAUAGACGCCAGUGAGGACAGCCAGUUGGAGGCAGCCAUCAAAGCCUCUCUCCAGGAGACCCACUAUGAGUCGUCCUCCGCCCCCAACCUCCCCAACUCCCCCCACUCUGUAGAGGUAGACUCGGAUGGAGACUCAGACGAGGAGCCCUUCUCCGACAGCGAGGGCCUCAUCUCUGUCGACGGCUCGGACAAUGAGACAACAGAACCACAGGAGGGCAGCUCCUGCUCCACAGACGGAGACACCCCUCCUGGACCAGCCCCUCCUACAUCUGCAGCUGUAGCCCCCCAGCCCCCGCCACAGCCGGACAGCCCACCUGCUCGUCACAGGAAGUCCCCCCACAAUGAGAACAGUCACAGGAAAGAGGAGAGCAAAAAGAACCACCUGGAGCCUCUGGCGGCUGCGCCGGCCCGCUCCCAGGCCGACCCAGACUCAGAGCAUCGUUCUGGGGAGAACCAUCGCACCGCAACAGGCCAAAGCUCCAAAUCUGUUAAGACGGAAACCUCCGACCUCGACUGCCUUGAUGACAAUGGUCCCAAGGCCAGACUGAUGCUGCGCUAUCCAGACGGACAGAGAGAGCAGAUCGCCCUGUCGUCCAAGGCCAAGCUUAUGACCACGCACAUUUCACCAGUGACCCGGGAGGACGUUACAGGCCGCUACUCCUGGGCUUUUUUUAUUUUGGAAUUAGACCAUGCCCCUAUUUGGGGACACCGAACUGUGGAUGAACUUCAUUACCCAUCAUUCCACUGGGAGGAAGUGACUGUACUCUUUUUAGUAGGCAUUGUUGUUCAUCGUCAAUUACCGAAUGGAUUCUAUUCUGAUUUUAGUUUUAUUCUGAGGUAAAAAAAACAAUCGGAGUAGAACACCUUAAUGAUACUGUUACAAAUAAGCUGAGGCCCCUUAAUAAUGAUCAGAGCUGGCAUCAGAGCUGGCUCAGGAAAACUUUACAGACUAUUAUCCAUAAAGGAUGUCAAAUGUCAGAUAUUUUUUUGAAGUUAUUUUUUGAUUCAUGAACACCUACAGCCUGUUAAAGGAGCGACUUGAACUCUGAUUGGUCCCAAAUUUGCUCUUCUCCGUGUUGAUUGGGUGAAGAGGGGACUUUGAAUACAGGAAUUGAUGGAGAGGGGUGUAGGGUCGUUCAAGGGAAUUCUUUUUUUUUUGGGGGGGGGGGGGUCCUCAACUGUCAACCUGCACUACAGGAGUGGUGUAGCGAUUAACAUUUAGUCUUAGUCGGUGUGUGUAUAUAAAUAUAUAUAUAUAUAUAUCUUUUUUUUUCUACCCCAUUUCCAAGAAAAUAUGCUGAAAUAUAAUCAUAAAAACAAAGGGAAA